UGCUGGCUGCACUGGGAGGCUGCCUGAUUGCAGUUUGCUGGCUGCACUGGGAAGCUGCGAUCUCCCACAAUGCAGACAGCCUGCCCUGACGUCAGAUGACAGCGUUCGGAGCUGCUUGUGUUGUGGGGGCGGAGGAGGUGGAUAUUUUUUUGAGGAUUAAGGGUGAGGGAGGGACCGGACUGUCCGCUCGCUAUUGUCUGCAGAGAGAGAGAGGGGAAGGAAGGAAGGCUCCAGACCUAACCCCAACCCCAGCGGCGGCGGAGCGGGGAUGCAGUGAGAGCGGCUCAGCCCGCACCUCCCCUCUCAUUCCGUGAGCUCACUGCCGGGGCUGUAUCCUUCUGCCGGCGGCCAGGAUGAUGGAGCUGGACGAUGGCGUGGUCUAUCAGGAUGACUGCUCGGUGUCCGUCAUGUCCGAGCGGGUCUCCGGCCUCGCCAACAGCAUCUACCGGGAAUUCGAGAGGCUCAUCCACAAAUAUGACGAGGAGGUGGUGAAGGAGCUGAUGCCGCUGGUCGUGAACGUGCUGGAGAACUUAGACUCGGUGUUCACCGAGAACCAGGAACACGAAGUGGAGCUGGAGCUACUCCGGGAGGACAACGAGCAGCUUCUGACUCAGUACGAGAGGGAGAAAUCCCUCCGAAAGCAGGCAGAGGAGAAGUUCAUCGAGUUUGAAGAUGCAUUGGAACAGGAGAAAAAGGAACUUCAGACACACGUGGAGUCUUUGGAGCUACAGACCAGACAGCUGGAACUCAAAUCUAAGAACUAUGCAGACCAACUUAUCAGACUGGAGGAGCGGGAAGCAGACAUGAAGAAGGAGUAUAAUGCAUUACACCUGCGGCACACUGAGAUGAUACAGACUUACGUGGAGCACAUAGAACGAUCCAAGAUGCAUCAAGUUGGGGGGAAUGCCCAAUCGGACGGAACGAUGACUGGGAGGAAUAAUCAUCGCCAACCAUGGAGAAAAAGUAGGAAGGAACGGCCAAAUACUCUGGGCCUCUUCCCUGUAUUGGACGGGAAUCUCCGUGGGCAGCAAGUUGGUCGUAUCACUCCUGGUUCUGACAAUUGGCAUCUGAGUGAUCUGAGCCAGGCGCCAUCUAAAUGUAGCCUGAAGGAUGACACCUCGGAGUCUGGGCAAUCGUCUGCAGCUGCCACCCCGAGUACUACAGGGACCAAGUCAAACACCCCAACGUCAUCGGUACCUUCCGCAGCUGUCACUCCGCUAAACGAAGUAAUUAAUCCAAUCUACAACGGGGACAACAACGUCAGGAACCAGCGAAAGUGGGCGAAAGGUAAUAGCAGAAACAUGGAAGUCCAGGUCAACCAGGAGAUGAGGAACGUCAGCAUAGGAAUGGGAAGUAGUGACGAGUUGUCUGAUCUUCAGGAGAUUAUUGAUUCAACACCAGAGCUUGAUAUGUGUCAAGAUUCUCGCUUUGAAGGACGUGGAGGCAACAGCCCCACGCAAGGAAUUGUAAAUAAGGCGUUUGGGAUUAACACGGAAUCAUUGUACCAUGAGCUUUCCACUGCUGGGUCAGAAGUCAUCGGGGAUGUGGAUGAAGGGGCAGAUCUUCUCGUUCGUGAUGAUUUCUUCGGAAUGGGAAAGGAAGUCGAAAAUCUUAUCAUGGAGAACACUCAGCUUUUGGAAACGAAGAAUGCUCUGAACAUAGUGAAGGAUGACCUGAUUGCAAAGGUGGAUGAGCUGUCGAGUGAGCACGAGGUGCUGAAAGGAGAGCUGGAGACAGUCAAACAAGCUAAAGCCAAGGUUGAGAACCGAAUGAAAGAACUGGAGGAAGAACUGAAGAGGGUUAAGUCAGAAACAAUCGUGGCCCUGAAUAACAAGGAAGGCAGAGAGGAACUGGAGGAAGUAAGCGAUGAUGUGCAGGUGGCACAGAGGCGGCGUUUCACCCGAGUGGAGAUGGCGAGGGUGCUGAUGGAGCGCAAUCAGUACAAGGAGAGGCUGAUGGAGCUGCAGGAGGCUGUCAGGUGGACUGAGAUGAUCAGAGCUUCUCGAGAAUACCCAUCGAUCCAGGAGAAGAAAAAGUCAAGCAUUUGGCAGUUUUUCAGCCGUCUCUUCAGCUCCUCUUCUACUGCUCAGCCAGCCAAGAGGCCCCCGGUCCUUCAUUAUGCUGCUCCCAACACCUACGGCUCUUCUGGUUUCACCAAACGCCGAAGCCACACUAUGUCCCAGUUAUCUAGCGCUGACAGAACGCGAGCCGUGGACUUCCUGCCUGAGGAACAGAAAGUUCCUAAGGAGGAGAAGAAACCAGACACAGAUAAUGAACAAGUUGACUGUACGUCGACCACACGGCGGGAGCUGAAACGUCAGCAGUACCGUCAGGUCAGGGACCACGUCAGGAAUGAUGAUGGGCGACUGCAGGCAUGUGGCUGGAGCUUACCAGCGAAAUACAAACAGUUGAGUCCAAAUGGCAGCCAAGAAGACAACCGCAUGAAGAAUGUCCCGAUCCCAGUCUACUGCCGUCCAUUGGUUGCAAAGGAUCCCACCAUGAAGCUUUGGUGUGCAGCCGGUGUGGAUCUGACAGGCUGGAAGCCCCCUUGUGUAGAGAAUGGGAAUGAACUGGGCCAUUCGCGUAGCUGUGACCCCCUCACCUCUGACACUGAGAAAGACGGGAAGAAUAGCAGCAGCAACAGCUCACCUGAUAAAAACAAGAAGAUUCCCGGUGCAGAGGAUGUCUUGAGCCGUGUGUGGAUCUGCACCAGCACACACUCCACCAGUAAAAUUGUCAUCAUUGAUGCCAACCAGCCUGGCACCAUAAUGGAUCAGUUUAUUGUGUGCAAUGCCCAUGUGCUGUGUAUCACCAGUGUCCCGGCUGCAAGCGAGAAUGACUAUCCGGCCGGAGAGAUAUUUUUAGAGGGAGACUUGAAUCCGGAUGAUUCCAGUGGAACUGAAGGGGUACUAGCAGGAAUCACCCUGGUAGGAUGUGCAACGCGAUGCAAUGUGCCCCGGAGCAACAGCACAUCUAGAAGUGACACCCCAACAUCUGACAAAGGACAAAGUGAUGUGGCUACUGUUAAAGGUGGAAAGGUGAACCAACCACAGUCUGCUGAAGAGGCAACUGAAGCAACAGAAGCAACAGAAAACAGUGCGGGUGCCGUGGAGUCAGCAUUGACCCGGCCUAGCGCCUAUACAGAGCAUGUGUUCACAGACCCAGCGCAGACAGAAGAUAAAACUCAGCUCAGGGAAAAUGGUCAACCCAAGGAGGAACCAAAUGCUGGUCAGUCAGUACAGGAAGCAAAUAAUUGCAGCCCCAAUGGAUCGAUUACAAGUGCUGCCCCAACCAUGUGGUUAGGGGCACAAAAUGGCUGCCUUUAUGUUCACUCUGCUGUAUCCAAUUGGAAGAAGUGCCUGCACACCAUCAAACUGAAGGAUGCUGUCCUCAGUAUUGUGCAUGUGAAAGGGCGUGUUUUGGUGGCACUAAAUGAUGGAACAUUGGCUAUAUUCCACCGAGCUGAAGAUGGUCAGUGGGACCUGAGCAAUUACCAUCUCAUGGACCUACGACGUCCAAACCACUCCAUUCGAUGUAUGGCUGUUGUGCACGACAAGGUCUGGUGUGGCUACAAGAACAAAAUCCAUGUCAUCCAGCCUAAAACGAUGCAGAUUGAGAAGUCUUUUGAUGCUCACCCACGAAGGGAAAGCCAAGUACGCCAGUUGGCAUGGAUUGGAGAUGGGGUUUGGAUAUCAAUCCGCCUGGAUUCCACAUUGCGCCUUUAUCAUGCGCACACACAUCAGCACUUACAGGAUGUAGACAUUGAGCCAUACGUCAGUAAAAUGUUGGGUACUGGCAAAUUGGGAUUCUCUUUUGUGCGAAUCACAGCUUUGCUAAUUGGUGGAAACCGCCUUUGGGUGGGAACAGGAAAUGGAGUGGUUAUCUCUAUCCCGUUGACAGAAACUGUAGUUUUGCACCGAGGUCAACUGCUGGGGUUCAGGGCCAAUAAGACCUCACCAACCGGCAGUGAAGGAAACCGUCCUGGUGGAGUGAUUCGUGUGUAUGCUGAUGAGAGCAGUGACAAGGCUUCCAUUGGCAGCUUCAUCCCGUAUUGUUCUAUGGCUCAAGCCCAGCUCUGUUUCCAUGGACAUCGGGACGCAGUCAAAUUCUUUGCGUCUGUACCAGGUAAUGUUCUGGCAACGCUGAAUGGCAGUGUGUUGGACACUCCCACAGAGAAUCCAGGACCUACAGCUCCUCAGCAAGAGGAGAGGAAGGUGCAUCCUGUUUUAGUGCUCAGCGGAGGAGAGGGUUACAUUGACUUCAGGAUUGGCGAUGGUGAAGAUGAUGAGACUGAGGAAAGUUUGCCAGAUGGAAUAAGACCGGCUCUCUCCAAGGCAGAACGAAGUCACAUCAUUGUCUGGCAGGUGUCAUAUGUUCCUGAAUGAGAUGUUACUAUCCACAAAACUCAUCACUAAACGCCUGCACUUCAUCCGUAUGUACAUACAAUAUACCCUGCAUUGUACCUGUCCAUGAACAAAGCCCCUCAAAAUCUAAAAUCGUGUGGCAUUUCGAUUGUAUCCCCACUUUGGACUGGUCGUUUGUUGAAAGUCCAUCACCUUUUGAAUUCAAUUUAAAAACAGUGAUAUGAGAAAAUCCUUGGGAAUAGCUAACACUGGAUUAUUUGUUUUUGACACCGAAUCCCCAUUUGCAUUUAACUAAAUUUGUUGCUGUUCCAAGCACAUGUCUAUAUAAUUAACCUGUUGUUAAAACUUUGAACUGACUGUGCAAAGAUGUGACCGUAAUGCAUGCCAGAUGCUGGAGGAGGUAAUUACACAAGGCAACUUUUCCUAUCUGUUCAUAUACACAUCAUUUAAAAGUUUAAUUGUGUAUCCAAGUAGGAUUUAAUUCCUCUCUUUCAUCAAACAAACUUUACAUCCUCCCCCUAAUGUUUUAUUAAAAAUUCACAACCAAUAACGUUUGCCAUUAAAUAGUCACCUGGAAUAGUUACUCCACUUGGUUGAGUUUUCCAUGAGGUUCAGCUGUUGCAAUGAAAUCCAAAGGACAGGUGAUGUAAGAGAGCUAGAAGGGCUGGAUAUGUUUUCAAAGACAUCAUUAUGGGUCCCAUAAUAUGGAGCAAUAGAGAUGCAAAGACUGAGAAUUGAUGACACGCUGUCUGUUUUGUCCAGGGAUGUCGAUGAUGUUCUAUAAUGCACCCAAACCAUUUUAGGUCACUUUGAUCAUAGAUUGGAAUGAUGACAGCAAAUUGGAACCCUCUCAUUUUUAACUACCCCUCUGUUUACCUUUUAAAGGCAGUACCAUUUGAGGAUGUUAUUUCUUUCUGGGAGAGGUUUAUCUCCUUUUGAGAUGGGCUUCCACAUAUAGCUCUAAGAAAUAAAUUCUGACCACCAUUCAUUGUAGCUGUCAGUGUUCUAGUUGACACUUCAGAAUUUGGUGGAGUGUGUUAUUACCUGUGCUAUCACUGAGCAGAGAUAGAAAACUAUGGAAUUUCGAAGGGAUGCAUUCAUUUCAGAAUGUCAUUGAGUUCUGCAAAAAUUCUGGAGCAAAAUGAGAGGGUUUUAAAAAUGGCUGUCACUUUCAAUUAACCAUUUUAAUCAGUUUUUUUUUCCCAUGAUAUUUACAUCUCUUUGUAUUUUAAGUAGUUAUAUAUUGGGUUUAUAUUUUGGGAAUGAGAAUUAGUUUUGGAGAUUUAUGGUGGCAAUGAAAUAAAAUCAAGGACUCGGACACACAGGCUUUACCAUUUUCUGGAAAAGUGUCUUUUGCUUUUCAGAUCCAUGGAUAGGUAGCUGUAGAUUAUGUGCAAGACUGUAGCAAAUUAUCUCAAGGACACCUUGGCCUUGGGCCCACUGGAUGGAAUGUGUAGAAGGACAUUUCAGUAUUCAUCAGCAACCUAUGUCAGCUACAUUUUCAUCAUGUCACAGAAAUAUUCAUGAUGUAUAUUCAUGGUGUUCCAGUAUUGAGUGAGAUACUACCUUAUGCUUUGAAGUUUCUCUUUACUUGCUCCCAGUUGUCCUUUUAAGUAAAGGUGUCUUGAGAAAAAGGACAGCCAAUCUAAAAGGGAUUUUGGAUAGUGCAGAGUGGCGAAGGCAAUGAUUUCAUACUGUGGCUCAUACUAAGGUAUUCAGUAUUACUUCCUAGGUUAUCCACAAGCGGUCCUUGCUACUCUGAUCAGUAGUUUUAGUACAUUGCUAGUUCUGGAUACAAAAAUACUUUAUUGUAUAGGUCUUGUCGUCUUUCUCAAGUUAAAUCAAUUGAAAAGCAUAUAGAAGUGCGAAUUUAGAACUGUUUGUUAGCAAAGAAGAAAAAAGGAUUCAAGGGAAUAAGUGGCAUUUUCUUGUCUUUGUUCACAACCUUAAAUGGGAUGAGUUAGACAGUGCGACACCUUGGGAGGAAGCAAUGGAACAGAAUUCGAGCAGGUGAUUGCUGGCCGAUGCACUGGUGGCACCACUGGAGAAAGUUACAUUCAUUCUUCUGGGGCAAAGGGCAGUACAGCAGUGGUAAAUAUUUAGGAGAUGACUUGGAGCAAGUUUGAAACUCAAAGCAUUUAACUAAUUGUGUUCGAAACGGACAAUUAGUUUUAUCAGUUCCUGUCUGAGCCAUAUGGGAAUGCUGAGAAUUACUAAUAAGAAUUAAGUGACUUGCGUUCAGCAGACAACGUCAGCUGCAACAAGAGUAUAGAUAGGAAAACUGAGUGUGGAUUUACAGAGAUUUUCUUUUAAUUUGAGCAUGUACAUAUCCUGAAAUACAUGUUUUAAAUGUUGUUAGUGAACUGAAAACCUUUACAAUCAGUAAUUCUUCAGUAUAGAUAUGUAAGUUCAUAUAACACUGCCCUCAGAGUAUUCCACACCUACACCUUACUUCCUUGAUGUACUGUGGGUCAUUUUGACCAAGGGACAGGAAGAAAGCUGAUCAGUUCAGUCAGUUCCAUUAUUCUGACCAAGAUGCAAAGUAAGAAGGAGUAAAUUUUGGAUGUAGUUGACUGUCAAGUUUGGAAAUGGAGCUCAGAGGGGAAACAAAAUCCUGGCAGUGACUGGAGGUAAUGUGCCAGCUGUUUUUCAGCGAAAUCUGCAUCCAUGGCAAGACAUAAUGAUCAGCACAUUGGUUUGGAAAUCAUCAGCUAUCUGCUUUAUCCUCUGGCUACAAAAGUGCAUUAUGUUUGCAACGUGUACUUUGCUCCCCUCUUGAGUAGGUGAUAGUUUUUAAAGGUCCAUAGAUUUUGGCUGUUCUGGGCAUUCAAUGUCCUCUGCCAGUAGAAAUUUGAGGUUUUUCUCAUGUCAUGUAAAGUAUCUCCUUGUGUAUUACAUACUCGGGAGCAAGAGAUUCUGCAGUGUAAACUCUGUAGUUUCACAGCAGAGUCCUGUACAAAACGCUGCCUGGUGUAUAAUGAAAAGGUCGGGUUGGGUGUACAGAGAGGGUUGGCUGGUGUAAGGAUAUGUUCUGAGCUAUUUUCCCUGUGCAUUGUAAUUAACUUAAUUAACAUGUAAUUGUUCCAUAUGUAAUAAACAUACUCACAUCAUAAAA